AGCAAAUUUGUGAAUAAAAACUACCAUACAAUAUAAAUUUGUACAAAUUUUCCCUGAAAAGAUAAACAAAAUCAAAGGGAAAAAAUCGCCAAUACUUUGUUUUCUGGAGAAAUGAGAUGGUGAAUGGUGCUGAGUGUGCAUGUGUGUGCCUUGUGUAGCAGUGCGUUGGGAGGGGGAGAGCAAGAAAUACAAAAGCAAUGGAGCUCUCAUUUUUUUCGGUACAAAUAUUUUUGUUGUUGUAAUACAAUAGUGGUGUUGGUUGGUUGGUCAUUCGCAGAGCUGUUGAAUUUGAUUUUCGCCAAUUAAACAACAACAACAACAGCGAAAUCAAAAACCCACAAAACAAGCAAUCAACGUAAAUGAAUUAAAAAAAAGUAAAGCAAAUAAUCAGCACAAAAUUGAUGCGGGGAUUAAUCUGCAAUCGUGCUUGCCGCAGUAAAAAUAGUAAAAUUAUCAUGAGACAAAAAUACACUACCAAAAAAACCGAAAGAUAUUUAUUGUACUGAAAAUAUAUAAAAAUAAAAAAGAAGUAUCAACUAUCCAAAGUUUAGCUUAAUAUUUAGCCCAUCAAACGUUUGUAUGUGUGUUUCUUACCUGUGUAUAUAGAUACGUGCUUGUGUACCUGUACACCUCAAUGAGUCGAUGAUUUCGCCGAAACAAGUGUUUGAUGGUUGGGGCAUGCAGAGCUGGCGGUGGCCGACUGGACCUUGUUCGUGGUCGUCGCUGUAAUCAUAAUUGUUUGUAGUCGUCGCCGCAGUUGUUGCCCGCUGUGGCGUUGGCCAUGGAAAGACCAGUAGAAAGUGUGCCUGUGUGUAUGUAUGCAAGCUCAAGCAUUUGUCUAUAUUCUGAACAAAAGAUACGCGAAAGUAACAAAAGUAAUGUAAUUUAAUCUGCCAACAUUUAUUCUCCCUGCCUCUCCACCCCCAUUGCUGUGUACUAAGAAAAAAAAUCUCAUGGACGGAAGUUGAAAUUACAACGAUUAACAAUUUAUCAAGGCGCUGUCGCGAGGUCUGCUGGCCAAAGUUACUUGCUUCCCUGCCGCCACCACAAUUCAAUAACAUAAGGGAACCAUUCCAAAGCAUAUUUAUUUAUGUGUUGCUAUUUUUGUCACUUAACGGUUUACCCAGAAUUCACAAAAAACAACCAAAUACAUUUUCAAUAGAUUUUUAGAUACAAUACAUGGUAAUUAGAUAAAACUAUAUAACCCACCAACGUUAAAAAUAUAACAACGGACAAAUUAUUGUUUCAACAUUUAUUCUAAUCAGCGCUCGACUAAGCAUUCAAAUAAGAAUAUUAUUGAGAUUUCUUUUGAAUGCUCAUAAAUCCUAGGAAUCUGAUAUUGGCAGCUUCUGAGCCAAAGUGAUUUAUUAGAAAAAGUUUUGCUGAUGUGCAUGAAUAAAUUUCAAGGUCUAACAACUCCAUUGUUGGCAAGUGAAAUCCCAUGAAUUUUUUUAUGUAUGGUCACUGGAGGUGAAGAGGCGUUGGCUGUUUGAACUGCUCUGCAAGGAGUUAUGGUCCAUGGAUAACUCUAUAACUCGGGCAUUGGUGGUACUUGGCACUCUAUCCCCAUAGCACCCACGCACCAAGGGAAUGCAUAAAAUUUGCAUAAAGCUAUAAACUACAAAGCAGAGAGCCUGGGUAUAUGAGAAAAGCAGCAGAAGAAAAAAACGCAUGGAUUGACAAAGCAAUAGCAACACAAAAACGAAUAAAAGAAAGAAAGCAAGCAAGAAAGAGUUGUGAAAGGAAAUCCCUCCAUUCAUACACUCACUUAUUCAUAAUUUGUUGUAUUGCCCUUUUUUUUGCUUUAGCCCAUUGACCGAGAGAUGACGAGGUAGUGCGAGAGAGAGAGCGAGAAAACCCAUUAGGCUAUCAUGCCAAGGGAGCUGCGAAAAAGGCCAAGAAAACCAAGUGAAAUGAAAACGGCCUUUCCUAUAGCCAAACACAAAAGGCGGCCAACAAAGGCAAGACAAUUAUAUUAAAGCGGAAAAUAGCUGAACUACACCUAGCGCGCCAUUAAAAUACAGGAAGAUUGCAAAAAAAAUAACGUUAAAUAAAACUACAACAAAAGACCAAGAAAAAGCAGAAGAAGAAGAGAAACAAACAACCAACAGUUUGCUAGGAUACUGUGGAUGGCUGCUGUAGGCAUAGAAAUCAUCAAAGAUAUCAAUGCUUGGUUUGCUUUAAGCCCCUCUGCUUUAUUUAAAUGCAACGGCACGUUGUCUAUACAGGGACCCACAGACGACAACAACAACAACAAAGACGAGGUGGAGGUGAACGUAAAAGAGCUUCUGCUUAGUCUCAUUAAGCCUCAUUUAUUCACAUAAAUGAGUUGGUUUAGGAUAAUGCCAAUGAAACAACUACGUCGUCGUCGUCAUCAUCAUCGUCAGCAACAGCAAGAGCAGCAGCAGCAACAAAAACAAACACAAACACCAACUCGACUGAUAUCAUCAUUAGCAAAUUCCAAUAUAGUCACAUGAUAAAGUCAAUCCACAUCCCCCUCCCACUCGCCUACAUUUAAAGCAUUUGCAUUUGAAGCUUCCAGCGGAAACGGAAACUAAAUAGAAAAUAAAAGACUUAGAUAGAAAUCUCUCUCACACACACACACAGUAGCAAAAAAAAACAUACACACCUAACCACCCCCACCCAGCAACACACUCAAAUCAAAACCUUCGUUAGACCAAUUACUAAGACAUUUCAAACAUAACGACGUUCCUUCAACUCAAACCAACUCUUCUCUUGUCUGAAAACAACCAUAGGCUGUUUUUCUUCGAGUGUUAACGUAUUUAAGUUGCGUUAGAUUUUUUUCACUUGUGUUUUAUUCCUUCAUUCCACCAUUCACACUCCGACACAGAGUCCUGCAACAGUAGCUUUUUUUGUUUUUUUUUUUUUUAAGUGGGAGUGUGUCAAUCAUUAUCAGUUAUCGACAAAUCAGCAUUAUUAUCGUUAACAGCCACCAAUUAGACGAAUAGCCCUUAGGGGGAACGAACUGAGAAAUAGCAGCGCACAUAGGAAAACUCGAGUUCUUGUUGUGUCUGUCUGUCUGUCACCGCCAUCGUCAUCAAGUAUUAUAGUAGCUAAGGUGGCAAUUGCCGAUAACAUUUGUCAUCGACGCAUUUACAACUAAUUAGUGAGGGGAGCAGCCAGCCAGCCAACCAGCCAGUCAGCAACAAGUGAAACAGCCCCACCUUUCAUAACAGUAGCCAACACCUGCAGCAACAAACACAACUACAAUAAGAAUGUCUUCAUUAAGUUUAACACGUAAAUUACGUGGUCGCAUGCGUUCCAAUACCUGCCGUAUCGUUCUGUUGACAUCCCUCGUAUGGGUCAUUGUCGACUUUGUGUUAAUUGCCCACUAUUCAGAUUGCAUAGGCAAGGAUGGAUGGCGUUGCAAGCGCAGUGGAGAAUAUGAUGUUGAGUUACCUGUGGCCGAAAGACGCGUCGACGAGGAAAUGGUGGGCGAUAAUGAAAUCGACACCGAAAAGAACAUAGAUAACGAUGUUGGUGGUGGAGGAGGUGGCGGCAUCGGUGGUUCUGUUGGCAGCCGAAGUGGUGGCGACUCAUUUGUGGGAGAAAUUGGCCAUGGCUUUGUUAGCGGUGGCAUAUCACCAACAUAUCGCAGUACAACGCUACGCAAAUGGUAUGUUGCACCUACCGUUAGAGAGCAAAAGGGAAAGCCCGGUGAAAUGGGUAAACCUGUGAAAAUUCCCAAUGAAAUGAAGGAGUUGACCAAGGAGAAAUUCAAAGAAAAUCAAUUUAAUUUGGUUGCAAGUGAUAUGAUUUCAUUAAAUCGCUCCCUCACCGAUGUGAGGCAUGAAAACUGUAAAAAGAAACACUAUCCCUCUAAACUGCCAACCACCUCUAUUGUGAUAGUAUUCCACAAUGAAGCCUGGACGACACUGUUACGUACAGUUUGGAGUGUGAUAAAUCGUUCUCCACGAGCCCUGCUAAAGGAGAUAAUAUUGGUCGAUGAUGCAAGUGAAAGAGAUUAUCUGGGCAAAAAAUUGGAGGAAUAUGUUGCAACGCUGCCCGUGCAUACAUUUGUUUUGCGCACCCAAAAACGUUCCGGUUUGAUACGUGCCCGUUUAUUAGGUGCCGAACAUGUGACGGGAGAAGUUAUUACUUUCCUCGAUGCACAUUGUGAAUGUACUGAAGGAUGGCUGGAGCCAUUGUUGGCACGUAUCGUGCAAAAUCGUCGUACGGUUGUAUGUCCCAUAAUUGAUGUCAUUUCAGAUGAAACAUUUGAAUAUAUAACAGCCUCCGAUUCAACAUGGGGUGGCUUCAAUUGGAAACUAAACUUUAGAUGGUAUCGUGUUCCUCAGCGAGAAAUGGAAAGACGCAACAAUGAUCGCACAGCUCCAUUAAGAACGCCCACCAUGGCUGGUGGUCUAUUCUCCAUAGAUAAGGAGUACUUCUAUGAAAUUGGUUCCUAUGACGAAGGCAUGGACAUUUGGGGUGGCGAAAAUCUUGAAAUGUCUUUCAGAAUUUGGCAAUGUGGCGGCAUUUUAGAAAUAAUACCAUGCUCCCAUGUGGGCCAUGUGUUCCGUGAUAAAUCGCCAUACACGUUCCCUGGUGGCGUUGCAAAAAUUGUUCUCCAUAAUGCGGCGCGUGUUGCCGAAGUUUGGCUGGAUGAAUGGCGAGAUUUUUAUUAUGCCAUGAGCACAGGUGCUCGUAAAGCUUCCGCUGGUGAUGUUAGUGAACGUCGUGCUAUGCGAGAACGUCUGAAGUGUAAAUCAUUCCGAUGGUAUUUGGAAAAUAUUUAUCCAGAGAGUCUAAUGCCUUUGGAUUAUUAUUAUCUGGGUGAAAUUCGCAAUGCCGAAAUGGAAACCUGCUUGGAUACCAUGGGCCGUAAAUAUGGUGAAAAAAUCGGCAUGAGUUAUUGCCACGGCCUGGGCGGCAAUCAAGUAUUUGCCUAUACAAAGCGUCAACAGAUAAUGUCGGACGAUUUGUGUUUGGAUGCAUCACAGUCAUUGGGUCCGGUGAAUAUGGUGCGCUGCCAUAAUAUGGGUGGCAAUCAGGAAUGGGUAUAUGAUGCAGAGGACAAAUCAAUACGACACACGAAUACCGGAAACUGUCUGCAACGGCCCUCAAGGGAAGAUCCUACAACACCCCUAUUGCGUCCUUGUAACUAUUCGCGGGGGCAACAAUGGCUGAUGGAGUCAAAAUUUAAAUGGCAAGCUCAUUAGUUGUAAACAUAGUUGUUGUUGGUUUAUUUUAUUAUUAUUUUUAUUAAAUGUGUUUUAGUUAGGAUUUUCGAUUAUAAAUAUUUAUUAGGUUUUACAAAAAUGUAAUGCAAAAAAAAUUUUUUUUUUUACUUUAAUAUUUUUGGUAAAAUUUUUAAUUUUCUUUUCUUUUUGUAUUAUUUAAAAUAAGUUAUUUUUGAAUUUUUUAUAUUUAUUUAAAAAAUGAAUGUAAUGAUUUUGUUUAUACAAAACUAAACAAGUAAAAAGGCGUUAAGUUCGGCCGGGCCGAACUUUGGAUACCCACCACCUCGGGUAUAUAUGUGAACAACCUUUCGUCAAAAUCCAGUGAAAAAUGCAUACCUUAUGCCCCAUAGCAGCUAUAUAGACAUAUCCAACGAUUUAGACCAAAUGCUUAUAAGUACAAGUCAUUGUUCAACCGAGAAAUCGGUCUAUAUGGGAGCUAUAUCCAAAUCUAGUUCGAUCUGAGCCAAAUGGAAGACCAACAUCCAAGAGCCCAACACACCUCACUGUCUCAAAUUUCGGCGACAUCGGACAAUAAAUGCGCUUUUUAUGGGCCCAAAACCUUAAAUCGAGAGAUCGGUCUAUAGGCAGAUAUAUCCAAAAUUGAACGAAUCAGUGCCAAAUUGAAGAAAGAUAUCGAAGGGCCUAAGGCAACUCACUGACCCAAAAUUUCAGCAAAAUCGGACAAUAAAUGCGCUUUUUAUGGGCCCAAAACCUUAAAUCGAGAGAUCGGUCUAUAUGGCAGAUAUAUCCAAAUCUGAACGAAUCAGUGCCAAAAUGACGAAAGAUGUAGAAGGGCUCAACACAACUCAAUGUCCUAAAUUUCAGCAAAAUCGAAUAAUAAAUGUGGCUUUUAUGGGCCUAAUACCUUAAAUUUGGACCGAUUUGGGCCGGAGGAUUGACGGAGGAUGUCGAAGGGCCCAACGUAACUCACUGUCCCAAAUUUCAGCAAAAUCGGGUAAUAAAUGAGGCUAUUAUGGGCCUAAGACCCUAAAUCGGCGGAUCGGUCUAUAUGGGGGCUAUAUCAAAAUAUAGUCCGAUAUAGCCUAUCUUCGAACUUAGCCUGCUUAUGGACAAAAAAAGAGUCUGUGCAAAAUUUCAGGUCAAUAUCUCUAUUUUUAAAGACUGUAGCGUGAUUUCAACAGACAGACGGACGGACAUGUCUAGAUCGUCUUAGAUUUUUACGCUGAUCAAGAAUAUAUAUAUACUUUAUAGGGUCGGAAAUGGAUAUUUCGAUGUGUUGCAAACGGAAUGACAAAAUGAAUAUACCCCCAUCCUUCGGUGGUGGGUGUAAAAACAAGUUAAGAUAAUAUUAUUUAAAUAUUAAUAAAAGAAAACAAAAUAUUUUAAAUAAAUUAAAAACUACAAAGAAGAAACAUAUCCUAAUUUAAAGCUAAACUGAAAAAAACACAAAACAAAAAACAGAAAGAAAUCCUAGAUUUUCAUACGACUAAUUCAAUUUGUUUAAGUUUUAAGUUAUGUUUUGUAAAAUUUUAUUUCUAAUUCGAAACUAUACAGUUGAUAUAUAGAGAAAAAUAAGGAAACAAACAUCCAACGUAAAAUAUCACAAUUUUUAUACAUAUAUUUAUAGACAAAAAAAGAAAGAAAGAAGAUAGAAAAUAACAAAAAAAAAUAUAUAAAAACAAUAAGAAAAUGCAACACAAAUAAGUCAUUGACAUUCUGGUUUUUAAGCAUUCUCUUUUUUAUAUAUAUACAUACAUAAAACAUA